AUGAUCGACACAUUCCUCGUGGCCAAGCACACGCUGCUGCGGGGCAACUACAUGCGCCAGCUGCGAGUCUCGCCUGCCGACAACAGCGUCAUUACGACACGCCCAAUGGACGACACGGCGGUGACCAACGCAUGGCCUGCUGACAGCAUCGUCGCCGUGGAGUCCAAGAGCGGGCUCCGCUUUGACGUCGUGCUGCACCCAGUCUGCGGCGUCUUCCCACGCCGCCUCCACUUCGCGGCGGUGUCUGCCGCCGCAAAGCCCUCGAUCCUCGCGUCGCUCCGCGCGGCGGCCACCCCUCUGAAUGGCGGGUCGAGCGGCGAGCGGGCUGCUCCUGUGAGCCGUCCGGCGAAUCCUGCGACGGCUAGCUCGCGGUCCUGCGCCGAGUCCUCCUCCUGCCACGGGCGCGUGCCGGGUCACGAGUGUCCGUCGCCGCCACGCGACGCCCCUGCUCCGUCGCCGCCACGCGACGCCCCUGCUAGUACGCCUGGAGCCGCCGAGGAGGGCGUGUACACUCUGGCGGCGGCGGCGGCAGAGGCGGAGACCGACAAGGCGUGGUGGCGCAGCUCGUCGCAAGUACACGAAAAGCAACGGAUCCCCCCCUGGAAAAAGUGA